AUGAGACCACGCACGUUUAUGGACAUUGAAAUCGGCGGCGAGCCUGUUGGCCGCAUUGUUUACGAGCUUUACAGCGACGUGGUGCCCAAGACUGCCGAGAACUUCCGGGCGCUUUGCACUGGUGAGAAAGGCGAGGGAUCCAUGGGUAAACCGCUGUACUUCAAAGGCUCUGACUUCCACCGCGUGAUUAAAGAGUUUAUGAUCCAGGGUGGUGACUUUACUGCCGGCAACGGAACUGGCGGCGAGUCCAUUUAUGGCGAAAAGUUCGAGGAUGAGAAUUUCGAUCUCAAGCAUGACAAGCCCUUUUUGCUUUCAAUGGCCAAUGCUGGCCCUGGAACCAACGGUUCUCAGUUCUUUGUGACCACUGCUCCUACUCCUCACCUUGAUGGCAAGCAUGUUGUGUUUGGUGAGGUUAUUUCUGGCAAGGGUGUUGUCCGUGAGAUUGAAAACACCAAGACUGGCGAGCAGGACAAGCCAGUCAAGCCGGUUGUUAUCGUCGAUUGUGGUGAGCUUGCUGAAGGUGAACCUGCGACACCCGCUGAUCCCACUGGUGAUACCUUUGAGGCAUUCCCUGAAGACGAGCCCAGUUGUCAAGAGAAAGAUGACGAGGCCAACUUGAAGACUGCCUUGACGGUUGUUCAAAAACUCAAGGAGCUGGGAACUCAGCAAUUCAAGCUCAAGAACCUCGACCUUGCGUUGGCUAAAUACCGCAAGGCCAUCAAGUAUGCUUAUCACUUCGAUGUCGAUCCCGACCACGCUCUUUACAACGAGUACCAGAAGCUGAAGGUUAGUUUGUGGUUGAAUGUUGCACUAAUUAAUUUACAGCUGAACCGGGCCCAGCCUACUAUCGAUGCCGCAGAUUCUGUUUUGAGUUUGGCUACUGCUACGCCUGCUGAGCAGGCAAAGGCAUACUACCGCCGGGCGGUUGCUCGCAAGCAGCUCAAAGAUUUAGAGGGUGCUUUGAGUGAUUUGUCUGAGGCUGAGUCUCGUAUGCCUCAGGAUGCUGGCGUUCUGGCUGAGAAAAAGACUGUCGAGCAGCUCGUUGCUAAACGGAAACAGAGUCAACGUGCUGCCUACUCUAAGUUCUUUUCUUAG